UGCACCAAGUUGGUAGAGUGAAUGACAGCGCUGGGCCUUGGUUAGAAAUUCCUAAGUGCCAUAAAGCUACCAUGUUGUGUAAUGACCCUACAACAUUGAUCUAUUGUCACUUGCUUUCCCUUCAUCUACAGUGCAUCGUUAAACUGGUUGGUGUGGGCAACCGUGGUUAAGGAGAUGGGCUUUAGAUCAGAGCGUUGCAGCACCUCAGAGCAGACCAGCUGGGCAUCAGUGUUGCCGGGCAGCAACGGAAUGGAGUGACAAUGGAGUCGUCAUGGUCACGGGCGCACACAGGCCAUGGUUUCCGUGGUGACCGUGACCCUGAUCUGCGGAGUAGAUGUCCCUCCAGAAACAUCCCCCAUGACGAGAGAUUAGGGUGAUAUGGGCGGCUCUUCCAAAAUCUGCAGAGGGCCCGAGAGUAUAUAAGGAUGUCAUCGCUCCCAUGGUGCCCUCAGCAACCUCAUCAUAUAACCAUCUAGACCUGCACAAGGGAGGCGAAGUUGUUACAACCCGGCUGCGAGAGCACCCCAGGGAGUUUUCUCUAAACUCGACCCAACACCUCCACCAGCACACUGACCGUGAUGGACAGGCUGCCGGCCACCCGGGUCACAGGGGGCCCUGCCUGCCCCCGUAAGGGACCCCCCAAGUUCAAGCAGAGGCAGACUCGCCAGUUCAAGAGCAAGCCCCCAAAGAAAGGCAUCCAGGGCUUUGGUGAUGAUAUUCCUGGAAUGGAAGGUCUGGGCACUGACAUCACCGUCAUCUGCCCAUGGGAGGCCUUCAACCACUUGGAGCUCAACGAGCUGGCAAAGUAUGGUAUCAUCUAAAGGCUGGCACGGCACAGGGACCCAGCAUGGCAUGGCAUGCCCAUCACCAGCACCCCGCAUGGCACACUCACGCACACAUCAUCAGCCUCAGUUCCCACCAUGGGCCUCAAAUCCAAACAGAACACUCCAAUCCAAUUCUCUAUAUGUAAAUGUCAAUGUCAAAACAUUGAAAAUGUAUGUAUGACCACGGCAUUGAUAAAAAGAUAAGAUAAUAUGAAUAAUAUGAAGAAAAAAUACAGCGCACAAAACAAAUACUUUUUCGGUCUCUCUUUUUUUCAGUAUCCUGCAGGACACUGUUCACACGUAUCUAUCUCAGUGGUAGUGGCUCAGCAGCAUACGUGCCCUCUUGAAACCCAAGUAGCCCCUCACUUUGCUACAGCUCUGGCCCAGUUUUGGGCCGUGUCUGGCUCAGAUGUCAGUAGCCGUACUGGGGAAUGUCUCCUCUGCCUGCUCAGCUCUGCCCUCUGUCUCUAGAGCAGCAGUACUCCUCAUCAGCAGCAGCAGCAGAAGCAUCUCUCUGACCAUCUCAUAUCUCUUCCCAGCACAUUUUUCUUUAUUUUCUUUCCUGCUUUUCUUUAUUCUUUUUUUAUCUCCUUUCUUCCCUUUUUUUCAUCUGGAACGAAACAUAUUCAAGCUAAGCAAGCCUCAAAAUGAGUUGAAGCAAUUCAAACAAGCGGUGCACCCAUGGAAUGCAAAAGGGCUUCUCAUUUCAUGUGUCCUGGUGUCUCUUUGAGACCACCUACCCUGAGAUUAAAUGAAUUAAAAAGCUGAUCUGAGUCCUGUAUAGUUACAGGUCAUGCUGCUUAUUUUGCAUUGAUGAGCAUAAUAGUUCCUGACACGAUGACAGCCUUCCCUUUUCCCCUUCCACUGGUCAUGCACUCAACAAUUGACAUCAAUACAAUCUUCUAAUGUCCACUGUUUACCUGUAGCCACAAUCUAAGUUUGUAUGAUGGAUGACACGCUCACCUGUUGUACGGUCACAAAGCUGUUUUCUCAGGGAUGUUCCCAGCUUGCAUGUGAUUCCUGGUCAUGAGAGGUGUUUGAGGUUCAGUAUAGGGUAAUGCAUGUUCCUCCUGCCAUCUCCACUCCACCACAGUCAGGCGGUAUAUGGCCUGGGCAGGGGGUCCUCCUGCUAUUA